AUGGAGGAGGAGGAGGAGAAAAAGCGCUGCCCCUGCGAGGCUGGCGGGGGGCAGCGGCGUGGGCAGCGCCUGAGCGCCUUCUCUGCCCGGCAGGACUCGGAGUCGCUGGACGGCUGCAUCCAGAGCACCUUAUCGGCUCUCUACCCUCCCUUCGAGGCCACGGCAGCCACCGUUCUGUGCCAAGUUUUUGAUGUGGUGGAGAAGACGUACCGUGGGGAUGGACUGCGCUACCUCAUCGACUUCCUGAUCCCGGCCAAGCACAUCCUGCAGUGCAUUCAGCAGGAUGCCUGCGUGCAGUACUGCGGGCUGCUCUUCAGGCACCAGGGCUGGCCGCUCUGCGUGCACGACAAGGUGGUAGUGCAGCUGGCUGCCCUGGACCGGCGCCUCCUGCGGCCGGGAGACUUCUACCUGCAGGUUGUGCCCUACCUGAAGAAGUCUCCGCGGAUUGUCCUGAAAUGCUUGGCCAGGGACGAGCGCAGCGUGGAGGAGGUGCCGAUCCCCGAGGUUUCCUACACCUCCAUCUUCACUCUGGAGUGGCUGAGCGCUUUCAACGGCGAGCGGCUGGGGGCGGCGCUGCAGAACUGCCUGCUGACCGCCGCUGAGAGGAUCUUCCGUGUGCCCUGGGACAGCCUCGUCCGCCCCGAGUUCAUAGAGGAGCCCGAAGGCCUCGCAGCCGGCAGCCUCCCUGCGCGGCCAGCAGGGCGAGGCUCCCGUCCCUGCCUCCCCGCGGGCGCUGCCCAGGGCGGCUCUCCGGGGCUGGGCUCCGGGGGGCUGCCGCACGAAAAGCCAAGCGGGGACGGCCCGGCCCUCGGCGGCACGGCCCUGGUCAAUGGUGCCCCUGCAGGCUCUGUGCCUCAAGAGGACUUGAGAGGUGACCUGGAGGGGGAAUACGUUGAGCUGGCAGAGGUUUCGCUGCCCGGGCUCGGGCCCCGCAGAGCUUCCCUGCCCCGGCCGCCGGCGCUGAGCUACCUGCCCCAGCCCCGAGCGCCAGUGGAUGUGUCCCCAGGCCUGCACAGCUUCCUCCUCGCUCAGGACAGCCCCAAGAGCCUGGCUCAGGCAGCACUGAUGCAGGAGCAGCACUGCCAGGCGGAGAGCCGGCCCCGGGAGAGCCGGCCCCGGGAGAGCCGGCCCCGGGAGAGCCGGCCCCGGGAGAGCCGGCCCCGGGAGAGCCGGCCCCGGGAGAGCCGGCCCCGGGAGAGCCGGCCCCGGGAGGCCAACUGUGGCCAGCUGCCCCUGCAGACACCCCCCGGAGCUCUGCCGUGGAGCUGCCGGCACGGCUCGGUGCUGCCGGCACGGGGCAGAGCUGCCGGCACGGCUCGGUGCUGCCGGCCCGGGGCAGAGCUGCCGGCACGGCUCGGUGCUGCCGGCACGGGGCAGAGCUGCCGGCCCGGCUCGGUGCUGCCGGCCCGGCUCGGUGCUGCCGGCCCGGCUCGGUGCUGCCGGCCCGGGGCAGAGCUGCCGGCCCGGCUCGGUGCUGCCGGCCCGGCUCGGUGCUGCCGGCCCGGCUCGGUGCUGCCGGCCCGGGGCAGAGCUGCCGGCCCGGCUCGGUGCUGCCGGCCCGGCUCGGUGCUGCCGGCCCGGCUCGGUGCUGCCGGCCCGGCUCGGUGCUGCCGGCCCGGCUCGGUGCUGCCGGCCCGGGGCAGAGCUGCCGGCCCGGCUCGGUGCUGCCGGCCCGGCUCGGUGCUGCCGGCCCGGCUCGGUGCUGCCGGCCCGGGGCAGAGCUGCCGGCCCGGCUCGGUGCUGCCGGCCCGGCUCGGUGCUGCCGGCCCGGCUCGGUGCUGCCGGCCCGGCUCGGUGCUGCCGGCACGGCUCGGUGCUGCCGGCACGGGGCAGAGCUGCCGGCACGGCUCGGUGCUGCCGGCACGGGGCAGAGCUGCCGGCCCGGCUCGGUGCUGCCGGCCCGGCUCGGUGCUGCCGGCCCGGCUCGGUGCUGCCGGCCCGGCUCGGUGCUGCCGGCACGGGGCAGAGCUGCCGGCACGGCUCGGUGCUGCCGGCACGGGGCAGAGCUGCCGGCCCGGCUCGGUGCUGCCGGCCCGGCUCGGUGCUGCCGGCACGGCUCGGUGCUGCCGGCACGGGGCAGAGCUGCCGGCACGGCUCGGUGCUGCCGGCACGGGGCAGAGCUGCCGGCCCGGCUCGGUGCUGCCGGCCCGGCUCGGUGCUGCCGGCCCGGCUCGGUGCUGCCGGCCCGGCUCGGUGCUGCCGGCCCGGCUCGGUGCUGCCGGCCCGGCUCGGUGCUGCCGGCCCGGGGCCGCCUCUCUGAGCCGCGCUCAAGCUGCUCCUCCUCCGGCGCUUCCUCCGCCCGGGGGCCAGGUGGUUCCUGCCAGCGCGGCAGAUGCGGCUGGCCCAGCUCUCCGCCUGCCUUUUGAUCUGAGGCUCCGCCGGGGGAAGGGCCUGGCCCCGGACUGCCAGCACCCAGGGGUGUGCUUGGGCCUGCCCGGGGAGAGGUGGGGCCGGCAGGGCUGCGGCCGGGCCCGGGAGCGGCUGCCGUCGGAAGCGGCCGCGGAGCCGGCGAGCGCAGGCGCUGCCCCGCGGGGAGCCUCGGCGGCUGCCGCUCCCCCGGCCCCCCCCGUGCCCGCCUUGGCCUGGGGGGCUCGCUGCGCCCCUGCCAUCGGCAGGGACGUGCACCCCCAGGUGCUGCGCAGCGGCGUCGCCUGCCUGCCCGGUGAGUACCUGAGCCGCAGCCUGCCUGCGCGGGGGGCAGCGCGGAGCAGCCUCCGAGCAGGUGCUGGGGGGGUGGAGCAUGAGGCAGUCACAGCUGGCAGCAGGCUCUCUCUGAGACUCUUCACUUUGCCCUCCUCUUCCCCAGGUACCAGAGACAAGUCAGGACGGGCAGUGGUCAUCAUAACAACCAGGAGCACAGCCUGGCUCAACCCCCACUGCAACACCACUGAGCUGGUGAGGCUUCUCCUGUACCUGCACAGCAUCCCAAGAGCAGAGUGCCAGGCCCUGGGCCUGACGGUCCUGGUGGAUGCUCGCCGCUGCUCGCCGCUCCCUGCUCUCUUCAAGGCCUUCAGCAUACUGCAGGACCUGGACCCUCACUGCAUCCAUGGAGUGCUGCUGCUGGUGGAGAGGGAUGUCACCUUCAGGCUGGAGAAGCCCCCAGCAGCACAGUUCGAGGUGCUGACCUCCAUGAAGGCUCUGCACAAGCACAUCGACAGCUCCCAGCUGCCCCUGGAGCUGGAGGGCAGCUUCCCCUACUGCCACCGCGACUGGCUCAGCUUCCGCAUGAAGCUGGAACAUCUGCUGCAAGGAUGCCAGGGUGCUUGUGCCUUCCUCCAGGGAGCCAUCCAGAGAGUGGAGGCUGGAGACCUCCCAGCCAGGGCUGAGGAGGCAGCUGUGCUGCUGAGCAGCUGCAGGCAGCUGAUGAAGAGCGUCCUGGAGGACUCCAGGCUGGUGAGGCUGCAGCUGGAGGGGGGAGCACUGCUGGCCAGGCUCAGGAAGGAGGAGUCUUGUGUCACCCUCACCCAGGACUACAGGGACAGCCUGGAGGCUGCCAGCCUGCUGUACAACCGCCUGGACGAGGACGUGCACCGCCUGGUGCUGCGCUGCAACCAGCGCCUGCAGCGCCUGCAGCUGCUGCGCGACUGCCAGCAGGUGGCGCAGUGCCUGAAGGAGGUCAGCAGCUGGAUUGAGACUGUUGGCAGGAGGAGGCUGCAGGAGACCAUCCUGGAUGACUCUCUGGAGAUGCUGCUCCAGACUCAGAAGCGCUUCAGGGAGUUUGAUCUUGUUGCCAGUGAGUACUGCAGAAGGGGGCAGGAGGCCCUGAAGAGGAUGGCUGCCUGGGAAGACUUCCCCUCUGGGGAUGUGGAUUCCUACAGGGGGCAGCUGCAGAGCCACAGGGAGCAGCUGGAGGAGUUCUGCACUCAGCUGGAUGAGACCAGGCACCGCCUCAGUGAGACUGUCAGGCUCUAUGAGUUCUUUGACAAGGCCUACGAGUGGGCGCUGGAGGGGAUGCGGCACCUGGCCGGCGUCAGCAUGGAGGAGUGCGGCUCCGCCGAGCGCUGCGCCGCCGUCCUGCGCUGCCUGCAGAGCUACAAGGGGCAGCACCCCGACAUCAGCGACGCCCGCUUCCAGGAGAUGAAGGAGCUGGCCUGCGAGCUCAAGAGCGACCGCGGCCUCAAGCAGUGGCAGUUCGCCUGGGCCAAGUGCCAGGAGACCAAGCUGGUGUUCGAGAAGAAGCUGGAGGCGGCGCUGAGGACCAGGCGCUCGCUGGAGCGCGGGGCGGCGGCCGGGGAGCAGCCCGGGGCCGCCGGCGAGCCCCGCGGCGCGGCGCGGCGCAGGCACUCGGAAGGGGCCGCCCCCGCCGCCCCCUGGGACAGGACUUCCAGCGCCGCGGGGUCCCCCUGCCACAGCAGGGUCCCCUCAGCCUCCAGGUCUCCCAAGCUGCCCGAGGAGAAGCCAGACCUGGAGAACAUCCUGGAAACGCUGGAGGUGAAGCCCUGCUGCGUGCCCACCCCAGCCCCCGGCAGGCUGCCUGCCAGGAGGGCGCUGAGGAAGGCGCAGAGCUUCGACCUGCCCUGCGGCGAGAGCCUGUGGCCCAGCUGCCAGCGGGCGCUGAGCGAGCCGGCCAGGUACGGCAACACCGGCGUCUUCAUCAAGGGGCUGGAGGUGAGCAGCACCGAGCUGGUGGACAGGACCUUCGCCCUGAGGCAGCCAGCUGUGCACAGCUGGGCUGCUGACUGCCUGCUGGAGGGACAGAGGGGCUGCCCCCCCGCCGCCGAAGCCAAGAGCUGGGGCAGCAAGCUGCGGCACAUCAUCGAGGAGAUGGUGAGCACGGAGCGGGAGUACGUGCGCUCCCUCUGCUACAUCAUCGACAGCUACUUCCCCGAGAUGGAGCGCCCGGACCUGCCGCAGGACCUGCGCGGCAAGCGCAGCGUCAUCUUCGGCAACCUGGAGAAGCUCUACGGCUUCCACAGCCAGUACUUCCUGCGGGAGCUGGAGAGCUGCUGCAACCACCCGCUGCGCGUCAGCCACUGCUUCCUGCGACACAAGGACCAGUUCGGGAUGUACGCUCUGUACAGCAAGAACAAGCCCAAGUCGGACGCGCUGCUGGCCAGCCAUGGGAACAGCUUCUUCAAGUUCAAGCAGGUGCAGCUUGGGGACAAGAUGGACCUGGCCUCCUACCUGCUGAAACCCAUCCAGAGGAUGAGCAAGUACGCCCUGCUGCUGAAGGACCUCACCAAGGCGUGCAGCGAGGCGCAGGAGCAGGAGCUGGGCUACCUGCGCGCCGCCCAGGAGAUGGUGAAGUUCCAGCUGCGCCACGGCAACGACCUGCUGGCCAUGGACGCCAUCCGCGACUGCGACGUGAACCUGAAGGAGCAGGGGCAGCUGGUGAGGCAGGACGAGUUCACCGUCUGGCUGGGCCGCAGGAAGUGCCAGCGCCACGUCUUCCUCUUCGAGGACCUCAUCCUCUUCAGCAAGCCCAAGAGGAUCGAGGGUGGCUUCGAUGUGUACAUCUACAAGCAUUCCAUCAAGACUGCCGACGUGGGGCUGACGGAGAGCUGCGGGGACAGCGGGCUGCGCUUCGAGAUCUGGUUCCGGCGCCGCAAGUCCAGCGACACCUACACGCUGCAGGCCAGCUCGGCCGACACCAAGCAGGCCUGGACGGCUGACAUCGCCCGGAUCCUCUGGCAGCAGGCGGCCCGCAACAAAGAGAUCCGCAUGCAGGAGAUGGUCUCCAUGGGGGUGGGCAACAAACCCUUCCUGGACAUCCAGCCCAGCGAGGCAGCCAUCAGCGACCGCGCCAUCGACUACAUCAUGAAGGGCAGGGGUGCCAGGACCAGAGCCUCCAUCGCGGUGUCCCUCUUCGACCACUCCAAGCCCUACCAGAGGACGCAGGCGCAGCUCUCCGCCGGCAGCAGCCCCGCUGCCUACAGUCCUUCCUCCUCCUCUUCCUCCUCCCUGCUGGGACCCCUCAACCUCCACAUGUACCUGGACCAGGCCCUGCUGCCCAGAGUGCUGGGCCCCGGCCGCCCCUUCGACGCCGGCGCCUGCAUCGAGGAGGACGAGCUGGAGCACGAGACCAGCAGCCAGCCCUCGCUCACCACUGAGAGCUCCGGGUCCUCUCACUGCAUGUCGGGCAGCGGCUCCAGCGGCUCCGACAGUGGCUGCGUCUCCAGCGUCCCCCAGGAGAGCUUCUGCGAUGAGCUGGGCCCCUGCCCUGAGGCUGGCUUCUCUCCUCUGCAGCAGGCAGGCCAGGUCACCAUGAGCCCCUCGACGGUGGUGUGA